AUGGCGAAGACGAUGGAGGGAAUCGACCUGGUGCCUGGCACCGAGGUUAUGACAGAGACUGGGAGGGCGAAGAAGGCGCUCAUUCCGCACCCUUCAACUGAUCCUCGAGAUCCCCUCAACUGGUCCACGAUGUGGAAGCUCAUGGCAAUGACUAGCCAAUGGCUUUUUACCUGGAUAUCCGUCACUGGCGCGCUCUCUAUUGCCCCAAUGUUCCCACUCCUUGGUCAGGAGUUUCGUCUCAACAAUUCCCAGCUCUCUCUUCUUACCGGAAUCACGGUCAUCACACUCGGCUUUGCCAACUUCUUCAUUGUUCCUCUGAGCAACAUCUUCGGGCGUCGAGCUGUCAGUCUCGUCUUCUCGGUCUUCAUCAUGUUGACCUGCAUCUGGGAGGCAUUGGCGACUUCACAUCGGAGUCUUCUCGCUGCACGAGCUCUCAAUGGCCUUGUGUGUGCGACCAGCGAGUCGAUCCCAGUUCAGAUGAUCGCUGAUGUCUUCUUCCUUCAUGAGCGCGGAUUGUGGACGGGGGUGUACUUCACUGGUUAUUUCCUUGGGGCCUUCCUCGGUCCCGUUAUGAGCGGAGCUAUCGGUACACAUCACGGUUGGCGGUCCUUUUUCUGGCUUGAAACCGGCCUUGCCGCAUUCGCUAUCUUCUUGAUUGCGCUCACUUUCCCCGAGACCAAGUAUCAUCGUGGCACCGUCGGCAAAAGUAUCUCUCCUUCCGCAUCACUCAGCGAAACUGGUGUCGUGACGACCGUUAAGGAAGGAGAAGCCGAGAAAACUGCCCAUUCCACCGUCCCGCCGGACUCGGAGAAUAGUUCCCUUGCCCCUCCACCAGUGGGUAAGGGUCGACCUUCAUUUCAGCAGUUCAUGCCGUUCCAGAAACCAGAUUCGCGCUGGAAGAUGUUCGUCAUCCGCGAUACAUGGACACCCGUCAAAGUCUUCUUCAACCCCAUCAUCUUCUGGGCUGGACUCAUGCUUGCAGGUCCCGCUGACCUGGUUCUCUUCUUCAACAUCACCGAGUCUGUCGUACUUGGAGCUCCACCAUAUCUCUUCAACCCCGAGCAAGUUGGUUACACCAAUUUUGCGUUUGUCGUCGGUGCUCUCAUCGGCCUUGCUACGGCUGGGCCAUACUCUGAUUGGGUCGCUGCCCGUGCUACGCGUAAAAACAACAACAUCCGCGAGGCCGAGAUGCGCUUGCCCGCUCUGUGGUUCUACAUGGGUAUCACAAUGCUUGCUCUCAUCCUUGGUGGCUGUGCAUACCAAUACCAAUGGCACUGGGGUCUCACCAUCGUCUUCGGAUAUGGUUUCGCCGGCUUAUCCGUAACCACAGUCCCAACCAUCGCUAUUGCAUAUGCCAUCGAUUGCUACAAGCCGAUUUCUGGAGAGAUCAUGGUUGUCGCGACUGUUUGCAAAAACUUCAUUGCUUUUAGCUAUUCCUACUGGGUUUUCGACCUUGCACAUCAGAGCAAGGAGGGUUGGAUUACACCGGCUAUGGUCAUCUUUGCUUGUACUGUUGGGCCGGCGCUCUUUGCAUUCCCGCUAUAUUAUGGUGUCGGGAAGAAUAUUAGGAGGUGGACAAAGAACUCGGAUUUGCAUCGUAUGGAAGAUUUGAUCUAAGCGUUUAC